CACUUCCCAUUAGGUGUACGAACUGGUGCAUGACUAUGUGAACUAUGAACCUUAUCAAACCAACUGAUAUCACUGACUAUGUAUUCAUUACAACCAUAGUAAAUAAGCCAUUCACUGAGAUCGAUAGAGUUACCAGUCAUGUGUGCAGUCGAAUUAGGUGUAGAUGGUGUAGGUGCCGAGAAAAACUGUUUAAGCUGUGCAAACUGUGACGACGUAAGCCCUUGAAUGGGACUGUCUUCCGUCUCUACAUGUUCAACUCGAGAAGAAGGUUCACCCUUUCGCUUAUUUCCGCCAUUGGGCCUAUUCUUCCCAAAAUCAGGUGGAUAGCCAAUAAGCCGAAAGCACUAUUCCUUAAGAUGCCCGAGCUUAUUGCAAUUAGUGCAACACACGUGCUCCUCGGAGUCACGCUCUUUCUCAUUGCGUACCUGGAAUGCAGCGGCCUUGAUUGUAGUACGAUGACCAGCAGUGAUAAGUCACUAUUGUUCCUCCUCCGCGACUUGCUGGUACGCUUCUGCCAAUGUGGGAGUGGGUCGAACGCUCAUAAUUUUGCUUCGGACUACAGAGAAGACGUCAUCCAAACCAAGGAGGAAGUCGUUGAGUCUUUCUGCCUCUUGCUGUUCGCGUAGCUGCUUUGCCACAUCGCAAGUGCAAUUCCCACAUUUGCAGCAAGGGUUAAUGCUAACCGAUUGCAACUCAUCCCAGAGAGUCCUGAGUUUAGUAUAGAAGCCCGAGACUGAGGAUUUUUCCUGUCGUAGCGAUACAAUCUAGCGUCGGAGCUCAUAAGCUCUCAUCACCGAGCUGGCUCCAAAGCGCUGCUUGAGGUCUGUCCAUAUUUCGUGCGCCGUUUUGGCCGCACACAAACUAUUUCGAACCUCCUUUGUCAUAGCCGUCUUCAGCCACCCUUUCACCAUCGCAUCGCAUUGAUCCCAAGCGUCUUGCUUGGCCCUAGUGUCCGCGGAAGAUCGUGGCAGGGAUCCGUCAACGAAGUUCAUCUUUUUCUUCGCAAUAAGUGUCUCGGAUAGUAGAUCACUGCUGAACAUUUGACCGGGGUUUUCCGAGGGAUGCAAAUAAAACGGCGGGUGGUGUGGAAUUGUAUCAGAUUCAACAACAACUCCUUUACCGCGGAAAUCUCCUCGUCCUUAGUAAUGAUCGCAAGAUUGGAUCACUACCUUGAUACCAUGAAAAGAAGUAAAACGCAAAAAUAAGAUGACACAGGAUUUACGUGGUAUCCCUGUUCAAUGGAACAUGACUAAUCCACGGAGAGCAAGCUCUCAGAUAGGGUUUCACUAAGCUCCAGCAAAGAGGGAAGUGUCGUAAAAGUUACAGUGGCGAUCGGCAAAUGACAAGAUAUAAUUACCCUUUGACAAGCAACUAGGGUAAACGAAGCCCACAAGGGAAAAUAACAAACUUGUAUUAUAAUUAAUCAAACAUGAUUAAUGAUUACAUCUCAAUAUUUUAGGUAAAUAAUAGAGUGUUGUGUAUGGACGCACAUGAGUUGGGACAAUAAUAUUUCUGAGGAAAGUGCAAUUGGGGCAAAGCAAGCAAUGACAUGGCUUAAAGAUGGAGGUCGGGUCCCGUGCUUAAUGCUUUGGUCACACCGCCACCGGAGAGGGCAGGUCGGAUGGGGAAGAGCUUUUUUGUUUAUUUAUUUUUUGUUUAUUAAUUUAAUAGUGUGGAAAUAUUAAAAGAAUUAAAUUUAUUUUUUAUUAAUUUUUAAUUGCCACGUCAGAUAUUUAACGGUCAACUGUUAAGUUUGAUUGACAUAUUAGGUAAAGUUAGCGGAGAGUGACUAAACGUAUACCGUUUUACUGAUUCGAGUGACCAAAAUUGAUAUUAAUUUUUUUUAGUGACUAAACAUGACACAUUUUAGUAAACCCAGUGACCAAACUUGACAGUUACCUAAUUUUUUUAACCACUUAUUUGUAUUAGAUAGGAGAAUUGUAACUCUUUAGGCAAAUCCAAAACAAAAUACGAACGAGAUUCAUGGUUGAUAAGUAACAAACUGAUUUUGAUUGACAAGACGUGUUUUGGGGUGAAAAAUGAAGAGUUCUUAUGAGUACUUUAAAGUUCGUGCUUGUUGUGGAGCACUGCAAAGAUGAGUGACCUUACUGAAAUAUACAACACAAUAUCAUUAAUUUUUGGGUAAAUACAAUAUAUUAGCCACAAGUAUUAAGUAGCGGGGAAUAAUAGCCACAACUAUCGAUAUACAAAUUAUUAGCCAAACACUAACUCUCCAUUAACAAUUCCGUUAGAUGAUGAUGACUAAACUUUAGGAUGGUGA